AUGGAGACCCGCUUUCCACGUCACUCGCAGGCCGACGCCGACAUCAUGUCCCAUCCGCAGCCCGUGUGCGACUUCACGACGACGCAGCAGCCCAUGAAGGCGGGCUUCAAGACUGGCCGCCGCCAGCACCGCAGCUGCGACCAGUGCCGCAAGGGCAAGCGCGCGUGCGACGUUGCCUUCGCCAAGGAGCCGGGCGGAAACUCGGACGACAUCACCGCCCUCGGGCCGUGCUCCAACUGUAAGCGCACCGGAAAGAACUGCACCCUGCAAUGGCUGCGCGCCGUCCACCGCGCUUCGUUGCGCCCGCGCCGCGACAUCGACGAGCCCGCCACCAAGCUGGAAGACACGCCCGCCCCCGCCCAAAUCGCCUCCACCACCUCCCAGCCGCCCGGUGGCGACGCUCGGACCCAAGUCACGGCCUCUGAUCAGCGUCCGGGAGCCUACGCUUACUCGUACGCUUACUCGCCUUCCGUCGACGAUCCCGUCCUGGCAUCGCUCCUGCCGCCCCAGCAACAACAGCCCAUCUCCGCCCACGCCCAGCCUGCCCUGUCCGACCAAUGGCCUUCGUCCGGCUUCGAUCCUUUGCCUCUGCGCGCCGUGGCCGAUGCCCUGGACGACGAUUUCCGCUUUGACGACGUCCCGGGUCAGAACAUUCAGCAGCAGCAGCAGCAGCAGCAACAACAGCAACAGCAGUCCCAACAGCACCAGCAUCAACAUCAGCAGCAGCCCGACUACCAGCAUGCCUUCUUCCCCUCUGCCGCGCCAUCGACCGUGUCCCCAGGCUCAAAUGGCCUGUAUAUCACGGGCACGGCGUGGGAAUGUGACGAGAAAGACGAUAGCCCGGAGAGCAUAGAGCAAGGCGUGGAGGACAUCCUAACCGACGCGCAGCAAAGUGAAUUAGUGCCAUGGCGGACGACAGCACCCCAAUUCGGCCAAACGCGGGCACGCAGCCCGUCAGCCGCCAGUUUUAGCAGCUUCCUCGACAACAUACAGCCCUCGACGCUACAAAGCCGGCUUUCAACGACCAUGAACCAAUCCGUACUAACCAAGGGGUUGUGGAAGGUGUAUCAUGACAGCUUUGAGAACGCCCUGUCCUGCUGGCUCACGGAGAAGACGUGCCCGUACACGUACCAGAUGCUCCCGGCACCGGGGGAUAGCAGCGACGCCACGCUGUCAGAGGUAUGGGAUCCCGCGUGGGUGGUGGAUCCGAUUAUUGCCGCCCUCUUCGGCGGAACUGACCAAGAACGGCAGGGCAAUCGCAUCGUCAAGCGUGUGUGCCAUCUGGACAAGUCGUGGGCGAAGCUGCGGAACCGGGGGCCAAUGAGCGCACAGGAGGACAGGGCGGCGUCGCGUGCGCUGCAGCUGUCUAUUAUGGCUUUUGCCACCCAGUGGGCUCAGGGAAGCCAGCGGAGCUCCGCUCAGUUCAACAACAACGGCUUCGAUGGCAUGCCGUUCCCUCUGGAUGGUGAAUUCGACCGCAUGCUGCAGGAGUCGUUCUGGCACCAGGCCCGCCGCGCUCUGCAGGAUGCCGCUGACUGCGAGUCUUUCCGCGUCGUGCUGGCCCACAUCAUCUUCUCCUUCACACAGAAACCACUAAACCUAGAUCAGCAUGCUCCUGCUGCGUCUGAUGAUGGCGACACGUCAAGACUCGACGACAUCAUCGAAGCCGAAGGCCCUCCCAUCUUCCUCGAAGCAGCAACUAGGCAGGUCUUCGCCCAUCGCGCGAAGCUGAACCGCAUGAUGGGACGGCCUGGUGCGGCGAACCCGGCAAGCAAUCUGGAGACGAGUGACCGCAAGACAUUCGACAUGAUGUUCUGGUUAUGCGUCAUGUUCGACACCCUCUCGGCCGUGAUGAACGACCGGCCACUCAUCGUCUCAGAUAAAGACAGCAAGAUCCAUCCUGACCGGUCAAAAGCCAACAGCAACAGCGGACGCACCGGAAGCCACAGCAUGUUCGACGGAGCUUCGAGCGGCGACCUUUUCACCGACGGCGCCUUUUCCGCCAAGCUCCCGGAAGAGCCACAGGGUGAUCUGUGGGGCGAUCUAUUCCUUAAGCCCAAGCAAGUCCGCUGGGACCAGGGUAUACCCCGAUGGCCAUGCUCGUACGAGGAAGCCACAACGACGCUGUGUAACGCCUCGCCCGUCAAGGUGUUGCUCUACAGGAAAGUUGCGCGGCUGCAGACGUUGAUGUCGCGCGUGUCGACGGCGCCGGAGAAGAUGGAAGCGUCCAUCACCGAGUCACUCAAGGUCUACCAGCACUGGAACAACAUCUACAGGCAAUUCUUCCUCGACUGCAUGAACCACCACGAGAGCCUUCCCCCGCGCAUCCAGUCCUGGUACGUCAUUCUGGCCGGUCACUGGCACCUCGCCGUUCUCAGCCUGGCCGACAUGCUGCAGCGCAUCGACGAGUGCGGCAUGGGCCUUGACCCGCAGCGCGAGCAACGCGAACAGUCCCGACUCGUCGUCAAUCUGCGCAAGGAGAACGCCUUCGCCAUGUCCGACGUCGGCCGCGUCUCGAGCCCCAGCGCCGACUCGUCCUUCGCCAAGGCCCAGGAGUUCCACUUUGCCGUCAACAAGGGUGCCCUGCUCACCGAGCCGUGGACCGUCGUGCUCGUCAGAGCGUUUGCCAAGUCCGCCCGUGUGCUCCUCGACUCCGUUCCCUUGCCCGAGCAACUUCCUCCCGGAAGCGUGCCUAUCAACAUGAACGCCGCGGGCGAAUACAUGCGGCGGUGCGAGCACUGCAUUAAGGCGCUGUGGUACCUGGGGAGGAAAUCCGAUAUGGCGUACCUGGUCGCCACGUUCUUGUCUAACAACCUGAAGGCUAAGGCAAUGAAGCUGUCUCCGCCGUCGCGGCAAAAUAGUGGUGCUGGGGUCGGAGGUGGGGCUGCGGCACAGCACCAGCAACAACAACAACACCAUCAGCAGCAACAACAACAACAACAACCCCAUUCUCAACCUCAACCUCGCCGGCCGACGAUGGACUCGAACUUUUACAACCCGUGGCAAGGGUGGGAAAAUGGCGGCCAUCUCGAUACAUCACUGUAUGCCUCGUUAUAG